ACGAGAGUGGCGUGGAAUGUGGAUAUCCUGCUUAUCAGAACUAUUAAUUUCGUUUCCCGCAGUAUUUUGCAGCAAGUUGUGUACGGUACGCUGCUGACUACUUGAAUACAGUACUUAACUGGGUCGAUUGUGGAGACUGUCGUUGAAGGUGAAAAGAAGUGACCAGAAUGGGCAGCCGGACUCGUUUGUACGUGGGCAAUCUGCCUCCCGAUGUCAGAGAGAAGGACCUGGAAGACAUCUUCCGCAAGUACGGCCGCAUCGAGCACCUGGACCUGCGCACAAAUAAGGGACCGCCCUUCGCUUUCCUCGACUUCGGCGACACACGGGACGCGGAGGACGCCAUCCGCGGUCGCGACGGCUACGACUUCGACGGCUACCGCAUGCGCGUGGAGUACCCGCGCUCCUUCCGCGACGAACGCGGCGGCUUCAGUCGGGGGCGGGACGGGGGCGGCGGGGGAGGCGGCGGUGGUUACCGCAGUGGUGGAGGCGGUGGCGGCGGCGGCGGCGGCUACGGGACGACGCGCAACCGCUACGACAGCACCAUGCGCCGCUCGCAGUACCGCGUCCUGGUGUCCGGAUUGCCGUCGUCCGGCAGCUGGCAGGACCUGAAGGACCACAUGCGCGAGGCGGGCGACGUGUGCUACGCCGACGUGAACAAGGACGGGACGGGGCACGUGGAGUACCUGCGCAAGGAGGACAUGGACUACGCCAUCCGCAAGCUGGACGACACCAAGUUCCGCUCGCACGAGGGCGAGACGGCGUACAUCCGCGUGCGCGCCGACGAGCGCAACGGGGGCGGCGGCGGCGGGUCGGGCCGCGGGCGCUCGCGCAGUCGUUCGCGGUCGGGCUCGCGUCGGCGCAGUCGCUCGGGCGAGCGCCGGGAGCGCAGCGCCUCGCCGGAGGCCAACGGGAACGGCAACGGGAAGGAGCGCGGCGAAGGGCGCCGCGAGCGCAGCGCUUCCGCGUCGCCGCGGGCCUCGCGUUCCAAGUCGCGCUCCAAGAGCCGCUCCGCCUCACGCAGCCGCAGUGCCUCGGCGGAACGCGACUAGAGGCUGGCCACACCCGCAACGGAGCGGAGCGGAAGGGAAGGGAAGCAGCAUCCAGCACACAGGCCGCACUUGUUAGUUUCAUUUCGCAGCGACAGCGUACGUAGUUUGUACGUAGCGUGUUUUCGUGGUACAGUGUAUUCAUUUCGAUUGGUUACCCUAUUCGUUUUUAACUCGUUUCUGAGAUGCGCAACGUGAGUGGUGUAGUCGUUAUUUGGCAUUAAUUUUUGUGGAGCCGUACGCGCCGAUCCGACCUACCAUACCUCCUCUUGACUCUUCCUGUUCCCGAUGUGGGGAUAACUGUAUUGGAAUAAUUCUUGAGCUGCAUGCAUGAUUCAUUUGUUUUCCUCUAGCCGCUGUAACUGUAAUCUGUAAUUGCUGUUAAAUAUAUAUGCCUUUGG